AUGAAGAUCUUCAUCUUCCUUGCUUUCCUGGGAGCUUCAGUUGCUCUCCCCACUGAUGAUGAUGACAAGAUCGUUGGAGGCUACACCUGUGCAAAGAAUUCCCUGCCCUACCAGGUGUCACUGAACGUGGGCUACCAUUUAUAUGGAGGCUCCCUCAUCAGUGACCAGUGGGUGCUGACUGCAGCUCACUGCUACAAGCGCCGGAUACAGGUGCGUCUGGGAGAACACAACAUUGACGUCCUUGAGGGUGAUGAGCAGUAAAUUCAGGCAGCCAAGAUCAUCCGGCACCCCAACUUUGAUAAAGACACCUUAAAUAASGACAUCAUGCUGAUCAAACUGACAUCCCCGGCCACCAUCAGCUCUCGAGUGACUACUCUCUCUCUGCCGAGAUCCUGUCCAUCUGCUGGGACUCAGUGCCUUGUGUCUGGCUGGGGCAACACUGUGAGCAGUGGCCAUAAGUUAUAUCCUUCCCUCCUGCAGUGUCUGGACGCCCCUGUGCUCUCUGACACUGCUUGCCACAAUUCCUACCCAGGCAAGGUCACUGACAACAUGUUCUGCCUGGGCUUCCUGGAGGGGGGAAAGGACUCCUGCCAGGGUGAYUCUGGUGGCCCYRUGGUCUGCAAUGGUGAGCUCCAGGGUAUUGUGUCCUGGGGCUUGGGCUGUGCUCUGAAAGGCAAACCCGGUGUCUACACCAAAGUCUGCAACUACCUGGACUGGAUUCAAGAGACCAUUGCUGCCAACUAA